AUGAAGAACACGGACAUAUUCUCGCCUAAUGAGGGCUAUGACAUGGUGGUUUCUGUGACACAGAAGACCAUCAACGACCAGAUUGCUAUUUUGGCUAACCCGGACAUUGGGAUCAUCAAGACAUCUUUGAUCUUCGGGAUGACUCGCAACAAGGACAGGACAUUUGAUCCCAAGUUCUACGAUUCCUGGGAGAGUGUUCCUGGCGUCGGUGCUGAUGGAAAGGGAUCACCGAAUGUGCCGGUCAUGAACGCUCAAUAUCUACCGCGCCUGCAAAUAAAGGAUUCGGGAACCACGGCAGUUCUUGUGCUGGAAUUCCCUUCUGGCGUCGCUUGGUACGUAGAUCCUAUUGAUGGCCUUUCGGAGUACGACGUCAAGGAUUGGAAGUACGGCAUUGCUAUCGACCUGAAUUUUGCUGGUAUCAGCCGUGCAGAUCUUGCUGCUGGCAAGGCUGUUCCUCCCAUUGUGUCACAGAAACUGGAACACUUUAUGGAUCAAGAUUUCUCUAUCUCGCAGUUGUUCGCGGAUCUGACCAAUGUCAACUUGAUGCGCUCCGAUCAAGAGAUUACAACGGUCGGCACCGCAGGAGACGCCGUCCUACAAUCAUUCACCUAUUUUAUGAAUACUUUCCUUGGCGACCUGCAGAAGCAUCCAGAGCAGAAUCCAUACAUUCUUGGCUAUUCGGUCGCGGCAGUCUCUGCGACUCCUGACGAGGACAAGAAUGUCCCUGACUCAUUGAAACCCAUCGGCUCGACCUUCACACUGUACAAGGAUCCCAAUAACAGUGACUUGAGCAACGUGAACUUCUGCUUAAAUACCAAAGGUGGCCAGGGUAAAGGCGGGUUCGGAACUCAUGCUACCCCCGGCAAUUUUGACAGUAAUUGGAUCGGCAGUGCGGAGCAAUGCCAAGCUAAAAUGAUAUAUUCAGCAUAUUGUCUGCUUGAAACUCUGGUCCUCAAACCGUUCUACGAUGGCUACGCCAACUCCACUCACGAUGUCAUUUCCAAAGCCGGCGUCAACAUACCCAAUGUUCCGGACUACCACGCGGCGAUGAGCUCGAAUACGGACGGCAAGAAAUGGAGCAUAGCAGCCCAGGGUGGCGACGAUAUGUACCACAAUUCAUAUGCGGUCGCCUUCACCUCGGACGGGCCCAACCUAACCCUCAAGCUCAGCGGAGGGCUGGAUACCAAGAAGUCUGUCAGCCAAAAUGACUUCUUCUGCACCGCGAGUGCGUGGGUGUCAGGUUACGUCAAUUGGGAAGCGACGAUAGUAGUGACGGCGGAUAAAAAUGACAAAGGAGAGCCCACUCUGAGGAUCUCGAAUCCCCCUCCAAAGAUCACGAGCUCGGGCCACGAUUCUUGGAUGAAUGACUGCUGCAAGGCUUUCUCGUGGAUUGCCAAGAUCAUUGGCGUUAUUGGAGAUGCCCUGAGUCUUGGACUGGACAACAAUUUCUUCCAGAAUCUGUUCAACAACCUUCUGGUGCCGACGGCAUCAGGAAUCUUCAAUCCUGUCUCAGCUCUCGGGAGCACGGGUACCACAGUCAAUGGCAGCCUCCUUCUUCCAGCUGGCCAAAUAUUUUUCUUCAAGAACCCUUCCGCCGAUGCAGAUGGCAAUGUGUCUCUCGAGUUGACGUACAAGACCGAGACAGGGACUGCUGCCUCGCUGGCGGCUGUCUCCAAAGUCGAGGUUGACCAUUCACGUUUUCAGUUUAUCGAGACCCCCUACUCGCGAGUCACGAAGCUGAUCAAGCCUGCAUCGAAAGCCACCAAACCAUUGCUGGGAGCUGCUCCAGAGAAGAAGACUGCAGCACCGGCAGUACCCAACCCUUAUGCUCAGCCACUCAAGGAUAAGUUUAAAUUCGACUGUGCGAAGUCUGCCGCAGGCACCGGCAAAUGCGAUGUCGGCAUUUCCUGUGAACUCAUGGCGAACUCACUGCCUGGCAUGCCCGUCAUGCCAUCCAAGGAGUUCUCGCUGGCGCAGGAUGCCAAAGGCAACGCUUUAAUCUUUGCGCUAAGCUCUGAUGCACAAUUCAAUGUUCUGAUUAGCGACUCUGAUGCAGAUGGGACUGGAUUCCGGACCGUUAAUCUGGGCGCGAGCUUUCACUCCUUCAAAGCCGCUGUGUGCUUCGCCGUGUCACAGGACGAAGCGGGCCUGAUCUCGAUCGCGUUCACGUUAGUCGAUCAGACAGGUGUUCAAGGCGUAUUUUAUGCUCCACGUCUGUCCAACGAUCUCAUCAGCACCGACUUCUCGAAGAUGUCUGCAAUGGCGACGCAAAUCACGGGCUAUGACCCGAAGUUCACAGUUGAAAAUCUCAUGGUCGGAGCCUCGGACGAUGGACAGCGUCCAGUGCUCUUAGUCCAGGGCCAGCUGGGGCUUGACAAGUCUUUCUAUCAGCUGCAAGCAUCAGAUUCUACACCACUGCGCGUGGAGUUCCCUGAGAAUGUUGGUCGGGAUGGCAGUGGCUUGCUGAGCAUGAAGAUGGGCUAUGCUUUCGGCCGGCGAACCAACUACUUUUUGUACACGAUCGGCGAGACUGUAUCGCUUGUGGGUAAGACUAUCCCAAGUGGAGGCAGUGGCUCAAGCACUUUCGACUAUAGCCCGGGUAACAAGACUCUUCCGGUCGCAUUCCAGCAUCUGUCUUACAACAGCAUAACGACAGCAACAUCCCGCGCCGGUAUCAAUGCUAGCUCAGACAUCCUUAUUGCCGCCGCCUCUGGAAUAUAUCGCAUCCCAAAUGCCAAAGCUGCAAGCAUGGAAUGUGUUACAGACCAGAUCAAGGAUGCACACGAAAUAUUUGUCGCAGCCACCGCUACCACUAUCUCGCUAUGGGUGGUCGCAAGUCCGAAUAUCCUUUGGUACAUCUACGGCGCAAAGGUAUCAAACACAACGAACAUCACAUGGAACGCUCCAGUCCAGUUCGCCAAGGGUGUCAUCCACGUUGCUGGCAUGAGGUCCCGAGUGACCAAUGCAAACGAAAUUUUCACCAUCAACCAAGACAUGUCCAUAAGUCGAUACUGGCAAGAUCCUGUGACGACGAUCUGGAGGAGUAAGACCGAGCUCGUCCCUGGCAGCAAGUAUGUGCUCAACUACAACUCUUUCACGUCCGUGAUCCAUCUGGAACGGAAUGGCUUACCUCUCGUCGGUGAGAAGUUGAUGGUCUCAUCAAACGAGUGGCAGUACUAUGCAAUCAAUGGCUCAAUCUAUUCCCUGGAUGUAGACACGGCGGCCGAGCUGGUAGCUGAUCCGCAGGGUAAUGUCACUAUUAUCAGCACUGCAAUUGAUGUUGCACCGGCUGUCCUGCACGUUCAAAGUGCUUUGUUCAAAGAAACGCUGAACAUAUAUCCAAAUGGAAAGGUGAAUCAUCAUCUCCAGAAGGUCACAGACGGUGCGAGUCUACAGUCAGCUCAAGCACAGGAUGGAACUCCAGUCAUGGACCCCAAGGUGACUGGCGAUGUUGCAAAUGCCGUGGCGAGUAACGUGUCGCAAGUCAAUACCGUUGGCGCCUCGAGCUACCCUCCUGCAGCGCAGGGCAACAUUUUCACCGCUGUCGAGACACCUGUCGCCUCUGGAGAAAAUGGACAUCUCAAGCACUCAGCUUUGCGUACAAUCAAGACCACACAUUUAGAGGAUGGCGUUGUUUGCGGUAUGACGGUCAGAGAUGGUAAAUGGCAACUCCACAAAGAGGGCCAGGCUGAAAAGCUUCUCAGCGUACAUCGGGACUCUGCAGUCCUGGGAAGCUUCUUUGGAGACUUCUGGCACUGGAUCGAGAACUUUGCCGACGACAUCGUCUCCAAUAUCGAAAAUGGUGUAGUGAAGCUCAUCGAUGGCACAACAUUCAUCAUACACAAGGUUGAGGAGGGACUCGAAUUUGUUCUAGUUCUUGCUGACAAGACUCUGCGAAUCGCGCUCAGUACUCUGGGCGCGGUGUUCAAGGCGCUCAAUUGGAUCUUGAAGCUAGUUGGAAUCGACUUGGCAAAAACAAAUGGUCCUACUUACAUCGAGCUCGCCAGACGAUCAGCCAAAUCGUUCUUCGCAGAAAUCGACCUCGAUGUGAAGAAUGCUAUAUUGCCCGCAAGCGUCAAGAACGACAGUCCAGAUGUAGCUGCCAACUCUACAGACCAAGGUCCCGAUACACGUUCAAUGGCUACCUCCCCACCAGCGAAUUAUGCUACCUAUCAUUUGCAGCACUCUGCAACAUCAGCCAACCAAGAUCAGAAAAUUGGGAACGUCAGCACGAACGGUACUGUCCAGACGAACGGCGAGAUGCUGACGGAUGACCCUUUCACACAAUUUUACAACGAUGUGCUGCAGCCUGCUUUUGACGUUAUCAGCGAGAAGCUCGGCAAAACUUCCGAUGACCUGCUCAAACUGAUCACAGAUAUGAGCCUGGACAAUCUGCGGAUCCUUUUAGCAGAUGUCGCGGACGCACUCAUAUCAGUCAUGGCGACAGUCGUCGAUGGCUUUUUGCACUUCGCGGAAGACAUCUUGAAGGACAUAAUUGGUCUUCUGGAGGAGGAACUGGACAUACCUGUCAUCGGUGCCUUGUGGGACUUCAUGUGCGAGCUAUUUGGCUCGAGUGAGCCAUUUACUGUCAUGAAUGCAUCCGCCUUCCUCCUCGCCAUCCCGGCAGUGACUGUGGUCAAGCUUGCCACAGGCACGACGCCCGACCAAUUCAACAAUGGGUUUGACGACCCAGCAUUUCCAGCGAAGGUCGCCAAAUGGCUCGGAUCCGGUUCUCCGCUCAACUUGACUGCGGCGAAGACAUCUGGCAAGCUCGCUGUCACGAACAAGCAGGACGAGGAAUACAAAGCCCCACCAGAGUUGAAGGCCUUCUCUCUUGCCGAGGGGUGUAUCUCUCCAUUUGCGGCCAUAGUCGGUACCGUUUGCGACGCAGCCAAGGCCAAUGGUAGCAAGAAUGAGUAUCUGCAAAAGGUCAGCUUGGGUACCUGCGCUGUAAAAGCUCUCUUCUCUUGGCCAGUAACCGACGAUGGCCAAGACUGGAAUAUGUAUGCCAUUCGUUGGGUCGCCUUCGUCCUUGGUGCCGCUGGUGACUUGAUGCCAGGCUGUCCACCUAAGGCGAAGGUGGUGGUCAACGCGGUUCUCGCCAUCCUAGCAAUUGUUGUUGAUGCCAAAGAAAGCCAGGAUCCGUUCGCUUGGACGUCGGACAUCUGUGGAACGAUCUCCAGUCUGGUCGCCGAGGCUGGAGAAGGCAAUGCAGAGGUUCAGGUACCAGCUUAUGCUGCCAGCAUUAUGUUUGGUAGCCUGGUAGCACUAUCAGGGGGAAUCGUAAAAAGCAUCGAGUCGCGGACUGAGUCGACCGCGGCCACGGCUAAUGUGAAGAAGUCAUGGAAGAGUAUCUGCGUCGGAGGUGCUUAG